AUGCCUUCAGUAGUAUCGGCGCCACCACAAGGCCACUAUGAGAUCGUCUACAGUACGCUUGCCGAACUCUCGAUCGCAGACACUCGACACUUUCCAGAGGCCCUCGUUGCUGUCUCGGAAGGCUACUGUGAGCCGGCCGCCGCUCAUCAGCAUGAUGAUCCUACGCUCUCAGUACAGGCUAUGACGUACGAGACCUACCCCGGAAUGGUUGCAGCGUCACAUGAAUGUCCACCGCAAAGUAGAAAGCCGUUACCGAUUUCGCGCUCCAGCAGGUCUGCGACUACCGCACCACAGCUGAAAGUGCCUACAGAAGGAACGUUCUCCAGCUUCUCAGAUGACCUUCGUCAGCGAUUCAGCUUGGUCGUCGUCGAUGGCGAGACUGCAAUAACGACGGACAAGCAUCGCCUUUCUGCGACUCUCGGUCUCCCGAUCGAACACGAUGCUCCCCUUCAGCUUGUCGAUUCUAUCGAUUCUGCCAAGGAUGCACAAGAGAGGAGGACAUUGUCAAUCAGCCGCAAUCACAGCAAGCGACAUCUACAACGCACGAGAACUCAAAAGGCUCAGAAUCGGGUUUCGAUCGUCUACAAACCUCAGCGCGGUUCGGCAUUCGAUGAUGCUCGCCUGAGGCCAAUAUCUCGGCGAAUCGAGGAUAUCGCGCGCUCUUUGCGGCGAGUGACUUGGCUUGAGCGUCAAACUCAGCUCUCGCCGACUUUGCGAGAGGACGAUGACAGUUUUGUGCUGGUACCGCCAGCGCCCGUAGAGCUCGUAAAGAUCCGACCUGCGACGCAGCUUCGUCAACGCCGUGUUAGUCAGACAAACCUUACACGCAUACGAUCGCAUGGCAGCCGACCGCACAAGCUGACCAAACCAGAUCCGAGCAAGCUUCGGAGAGCAGCAGACAAGCCCUCACAUAUUCCUCACAAGCUCUCGAUCGACCGAGCAGGAUGCUUCGGCAUGAAGCCGGAUUCGCCCAAAUCGCGCACAGCAGCAGCAGAUAGAUCAGACGCUUGCGCCUGGCCUAUCACAACCAACACUGCCAUGAGCACGUCGGUAGAUCCUCCAGAUGGAGCUGCUACUUUCGUUUGCGUCGAAGGAAACAGGUCCGAGUUGGCGAGAGCGUCUGCGUAUCUCAUGUUGACCGGUCGACCGCCGCCAAAGCGCCACCUCCCGCCGCCCAAGCCCAGAUGGAGCUCUCCGCCGCCCAUGCAGGCUGCGCCUCGUAGGCUUUUCAGGCGCGGAAGACCUCGUUUCGAUCAGGUUGACACCUUGCUGGACCGAGCCAGAGCGCGAUGGCAGUAG